AUUUUUAACCUAAUUGGGACGUGCUAUAUGCACUACCUUUGGUAUCAAUACCGAGGAAUAUUUUUCCCCGUAAAAAGUGGGAAAAAAAAGUUAUCAGUGACAUGAUGAUUCACAGUAGAAUUAAUCAUCAAAAAUUUAUCAUUUAUUUCUUUUUGAACUGAUUUGAAUAAGAAGAAGUAUAUCGAAGAUGGAUGCAAGUUGUGGACCUUCGAAUGCGAUAACGAACUUAUCCAAACAUGCUCAAAGAGAUAAUAGUUUACAAAAUGAAGCUGCGUUAAGAAAUAAUCAACAGAGAAAUAAUAUUGGUAGUUUUAGAACCAAUGGAAAUAUAGUUGAUACUAGAUUAAAUUCUGAAUUCCAACAGUUUAAUAAUGGAAAUGAUUUCGCUAGUAGUUUUGCUAGUCAGUUUAAACCUCAAAUCCCUCAACAAAAUAUUCAACAACAACCACAACUUCAUAAUGGGAACUGGGUGAAUGAUUUCUCUAAUUUAGCUAUCAAUCAACCUCAAGGUCCAAUACAUCAACAUCAUCCUGCCCAACAACAACACCAACAGCCAAACGUCAGAUCUGAUUGGAAUCAACAGUUCUUGCAACAGGAUAAUAGUCAAGUACAAUUUCAACAACCCCAACAACAGAAUCAACAAUUUAUGCCAAAUUAUGCCAAUGGAUUAGCUAUGAGAAAUUCACCUUUGUUUGCACAACAACAACAUCAACAAGUUCAACCUCAAGUUAGUGAACAUCAAGAAUUACAUAAAAUGCAACAAGAAAGUAAACAUUUCGAUAAUGAAUUUGAUAUGCUUGAGAAGGAAUUACAAGAUCAAGAACCAGCACAAGAUGAGGAGUUGAAAACAGUUGAUGAUAGUGAUAAAGAACGGUUUGCAGAGACAGCAAGACAAGUUCAACAUUCGAUGCAAAGUGCUACGUCUACUCAAGAGACUAAAUCUAAAUUUGAAAAUUCCAACUUUUUAAAAUUAAUGAGUUCGAUAUCAAAUAGACAAGUUGAAUUAUCGGGAGAUAAAUUAGUUAAUUCUACUAAUGGUGAAGAUAUCCGUCAAUAUUUAAGCGAUCCAUUAAAGGACAUUAAGACUGAAAAUGGAAAUAUCCAUUAUCAUGAACCACCGCAUGAUAUUCCAAUCCCAGUAGCUCCAAUCCAACAACAACAACAACCUCAACACGAUUUAAGACCAGAAGUGAAUCAUUUACCUGAUCCCUUAGCUCAUAUCAAAGAUGGAGAAUUAGGAGGGAUUUUAGAUCCAUUUAGUGCUGCUAAAGUGGUGAGUGGAGGCCAAGUACAAAUGCAUGAUUGGAUGGAAGAUUUUGAUAGUGUACCAACUACGGUAAAUAAUAGAAGAGUUAAAAGAAGUAUCUUGACUGAUAAAUGGCAAGAGGUUUAUGAUGAUUAUAGACAUGAUGAUGAUUUUCAUUAAACGAGUUAAUUGUUUGUAUUUUAGAGUAGAUGAAGGUAUAUAGAUUUAAGAAAUCGGGUUAUGUAUUUAUUUAGUAUACGUUUUCAAAUUAAAUAAGAAAA